AUGAGCCGACCUAAGCAACGGGACCCAAGCUUAACAGACUCCUACACGGUGGCAUGGAUCUGCGCUCUUGAAGAGGAAUACUUCUGUGCAUGCCGUAUGCUUGACGAAGAAUUCAAUGGACUGGAGAUAAGCGAAGACAAUGACGACAACACAUAUCUGGUCAGUAUGGCACGAAUUCAGCGGGCUCGUGUUGCACGCGAUAUGGUCAGAGCCUUUCCGCAUCUGCGGUUUGCAUUAAUGGUGGGCAUCGGAGGUGGCGCACCAAGUCCCCGAAAUGACAUCCGAUUAGGGGAUAUUGUUGUAAGUCAACCGAAAGAUGGGUCCGGCGGGGUGAUUCAGUAUGAUCUGGGCAAGUUGAAGGAUGGCCGGUUUCAGAAGACAGGUCAAUUGAAUACACCACCUGAGAAACUUCUAGGAGCCAUUCCUGAGAUGCGCAGACUGUACAGAGACAAAAAGAAGCCAGAUAGACUCGCGGAACAUCUUCGACUUCUUGAUGACAUGGAAGACUAUCAAAAGCCAGCUGUUGAUUGGCUUUACGCUGCAGACUAUUCACAUGUGGAUGGACCAAAUUGCGAUAGAUGGGACGUACGAGCAACGGUGGUCCGCCCAGAGCGUCAGAAUUAUCGUACACUCCAUGUCCAUUACGGUAAUGUUGCGUCGGGGAAUUCCGUUCUCAAGGACGCGAAAAUGCGGGAUGUAUAUGCCCAAGACCCUGAGCUGAAUAUCCUUUGCUUUGAGAUGGAAGCUGCAGGUCUCAUGAACAAUAUCCCAUGUCUAGUUAUCCGCGGAAUCUGCGAUUAUUGUGACUCACCUAAGAAUGAUGAGUGGCAUAAAUACGCUGCGCUCGCUGCUGCUGCUUAUGCGCGAGAGCUCCUGCUGGUUCUACAGCCGCAACGUGUGGAUGCCAUGCCCCCUUGGGCUGAGCGAGUGGCUCAAGAACUUGAACAAGUUAAUCGUGAGUUGACUAGGCUGAGCCACAGCCAAAAGUAA